AGAGAGAGAGAGAGAGAGAGAGAGAGAGAGAGAGAGAGAGAGAGAGAGAGAGAGAGAGAGAGAGAGAGAGAGAGAAUGCCGAUCACAAAGUUCAAGCUCAAGAACGAGCCGUCGGCGGACUGUCCGGAGGUUUUCAGGGACGCCGACGAUGACGCAGGACAACUGCUGGAUGGCGUCGCGAUGAUGUCCCUACUUGGAAUCGUCCGUCAGCUUGGGGAGAUAUCGGAUUACGCGGCAGAGAUGUUUCACGAUCUAUAUGAGUUGACUGCCACCACUUCCUUGCGUGGGCAGGCAUUACUUCAAAGGGUGCAACAUGUCGAGAAAAAGCUGCCUGACGUGGAAGACUCUUUGCUUUCUGAGACGAACCCCCUUCGCUUCUCCCGCGAGCCUGGUGUUGACUGGAAUGCCAGCAUCAGCAAUGAGCAAAGCCACUUCACGAGGAGUAUCUUGCCUGCCUUCAUUCGCCGACCCUAUGAAGAAUGCCGCGGACCUCCUCGGUUCUUUCUUCUCGACAGGUUUGACAAGCACGGCGAUGGCGCAUGCAUGAAGAGGUACUCCGACCCAUCGAUCUUUAAAACCGAAUGGGCAAAGGGGGAACUGUCAAAGGCAGAGCGGGAAAAGCGGAGCAGGUCGAUGAAAAAGAGAAAAGAACGGGCCCCAGGAGCGGCUAAGGUAGGCAAGGCGGCGGGGGGCACUUCAUUUGCAAAACCCAACGGGAGGGUGCGGUAUGCAUUGCUGGGACCAGAAGCUCUUGAAGCACCUAUGGUGCCGACCACGCCCUCUCGUUCCUCCUUACAUGCAAUGUCAUCCGCCCUUCAGCCAAUGUUCACACCGUUUGAAGUGGAACCCUCCAAGCAGCACUCGCUCCGUCUCCAGAGCCCAAAUGUUACUCCAGCAAGGGGUUUUCACCCCUCUCCGGCACGCCGUUUUCACCCCUCUCCACUGGUGGACAUUCCACGCGUUAGAUCUCAUCCCACCCCCGUGCCAGCCGUUUCGUCGACAGCAAAUGGAGGCCGGAGUAGGCUGGCACGACACGGCCCUGGAGAGGGGGGGGAAGCUCAGGCAGUGAGGACUGAGGAAGGGAAUCCCUGGAAAGAAGCCGAGGAGGGGGAGACAUGGGAGAAGGAGGAUGAGAGAGAACGCGUCUGGGAGGAGAUAGAGGAGAACCAGGUGGUUUUGCAGUCCAGCGUGAAUCUCAGUUUGACAGAGCCGGGGUUGCUGGGCCAUUCCCUGCUGAAUCUGGACGAAGGCGAGCAUCUGGUUGUAGAGCGACGGAUCCGAAGGGAAGACUGUAAUAGCGGCAUUGAUGCCAUGUCCGAGCUGAGAUUAGACGAUCAGACGAUGCUGUCAGAGUCACGUCAGGACUUGAAGUCUGACAGAUCGGACCGGUGGGGUAGAAGGUCGGAGGUUAGUGCAAGUGGGUCAUUACCGCAGCGCUUGGAUUCCAGGUCAGCGUCCUCAAGGGAUGGCCUCUCAGAUACACAGUCUGAGGUGCAGACAGAGAUUCCCUGGGAGUUGCGUUCCGAGGGUUGGUCCGAAGGGUGGCCGGAAAACCACUCAGGGAUUCGAUCUGCUGCCAGACUUGCAAGCUUCGUGGAGAAGCCGUUGGAUGCCAGGACAGGGUCAGGGUCAGCAAGAUCAAGAGGCGGGGUCGACUUGUCAUCAUGGGAGGCGGAGUCCAAUGAUGGCCUUGAUGAAAGCAAAGAGUUGCUCGCCAGAUACCGAGGAUCGCCGAAGUCGGAGUCCUGGUCUUGGGGCCGGUCAGAAAAACCCUCGUUAGUGUUUGAACCUUUGUCAGAUCCGCGCCCAGGUACACACUUUGGGCGGCUCCCUCGAGGUGCGGCGGGGCAAUGCUCAGAGCUAAAUGCACUCGGCAAACGAUCACCACUGGAUCGACGAAACGAAUAUCGAUCCGACGGCCAGUUUGUCGCUGCUGCAGCUCUUGCCGUCCUAGAUGCGAUCGAACGAUGUAGCGACGAGGAGGGUAAUGAUGACAACGAAAAGGCGGCCAUGAGCGCGAAGCCGGCGGCAGCAGACGUGCGCUGUCAGGAGGAGGUUAGCUAUUCUGAGAAUCUCAGCGGCAACCAGUCAGGAGAGGUUCCGAAACCACGGAGGCAUGACACUUCGCCGCAACCAGGACCAGAUCCAGAUGCUGCGGAAAAGCUAGGGGGGCUGCAAAGGAUGUCUGACUCAUCACUAGCAAGUGGCGAUUGUGCACAGGAUAGCCAUCUAUCUAGCCGCAGUUCCUCGUCAUUACCUGGUGGCACGGAUAGCCAUCUAUCUAGCCGCAGUGAGAUUACGUCUGAAUCUUCCAAGGGGGGGUGCAUUAAGAAUGAUGCAGAUAGAUGCCCUGCUAGGGAAGUUUUCAAGAAAGGCAGGCAGGAGAUAGAAAACGGCGAGGUCAGGGUUGCAGAUUUGGCGGCGGCGCAGGAUAGGGCUGCCGCUGCUGUCGUUAAAGAGGAGGGGAAGAGUUUGAAGGGAGAGGUGGUGGUGGCUUAUGGUCCUCCGCUGGUUGGGGACAGAACGCUUGCUGUGAUGGGUACUACUACAGGCGAUAGCGUUGCUGAUAAGGAGGAUGCCGAUGAUGCAGGUAGUCUGGAUGGCGCUGAGGAAAAGCCAGGGGGUGGAGAAGUUGUGGAGGAGGAGGAUUUUGGGAGCAAUGGAAAAACCCGCCGCUGUGCACACUCUUCUUCUUUAGAUGCACCAUCCACCAAAAAAACAUCCGUUUGCGACUGGGUGAUGACGAGCUCAUCAGGAGGGCAGGUGGCGGACAGUAGUGUGAGGGUACCAGGCAGCAAAAGACGCUCCCUAAUCAGAGCAAGGAGUUUUGUUUAUUCAGUUGAGAAGAAGGUUGAUGGGAAAGAGGACAGCUUGUCAAGUCUUGAGCGACAAAACCAAUUAGUGGAGGAGAGUGAGAGAGGGGAGUUGACGUAUAAUUCCUUGGAAUUGGACUCUGGUGGAGUUGGUCCUAUUACAACAACAUGUCAUAAUAUGUCAAGCAGGAAUCUGGCAAUGGAAGAAGGUGGUUCUAUGGGUUCUUCACGUGUUGAGAGGAGUAAUGGGGAGCGACGAGCGGCUGGCAACACGCGAUCCGUUGAUGGAAGUCACACCGCAGAUAAUGGAGGGGAGCUGACCUCUCUGGCUGCAGUUGAUGUCUCUGGCAGCAAGCCUGAAGAUACCUUGACAAGCCCACAACACCAUACACUUCUACCAUUUGAGCACUCUAGCUCGACCCUCGCCACCACCUCAGGAGGAGCCUCCCCAUCACCACCAUCUCCCUUCGGAUCCGGCAUUCCACCACUUGUUCAGUCUGAAACACCCGAGAUCGCAAUGCCAUUAUCACCUGAUGAAGUCAGUCAGUGUUCACACUCAGGGGGGGUCUCAGGGGGGGUCUCACAAUCAGAUCGAACUCGAUUGAUAUCUGGUCAGCGCACUCUAACUGCGCCCAGCUUCUCAGCUGUCCCCCCUCCUCCCCCGAGGCAACCACCGGUCUAUGCUUGCGGAAAGGAGGUAUCCCGUGAUUGCACGGCCGAGAAUGGAAAUCAUGCAGGGAAGCACCUCAGAUCUAGCGCGGAGAAUUCUGCUGUGGACCAGUCCAGCUACACGAGGCUCGGUACAAGACACCACGCUGUAUCAGACGCUUCCAGCUAUCACGGUCCGGUCGACAGCUGUCCAAUGUCAGGGGACUCUGAAUCGUCAUCUACACGCAGGUUGUCUUCACUACCCGCUGGAGAAUGUUCUCAGAUUGAUCGUUCGGCUACACACCGGCAGCUUAAUGGAGGAAUGAAUGGAAGGAUGGAGAAGUGUUCUGUCCAUUCGUACUCGUCAUCCUCACAUCCUUACGGGAUCAAAAGUUGCUCUUCUGCGCUGAAUGGCGGAGCUGGUGGUGCCAAGAGAAGAGUUGAUAAUGAGGCAGAGGAGCAGCAGCAGGAGGAGGAGGAGGAAGAGGAGGAGGAGGUUAUCACGACGGAUGCAGCUCAACACGCAAGAGAAGAAUUCGAAAUGACGAUGCGAAUGCCGCCCCCUCCACCAGAGGUGCCGCCUCCUCCUCUGCCUGAAAUGCCCUUGCCACCGCCUCCUUCAGCAUUUUUGCAGAAACUCAAUGCGGGUUCGCGUGUGGGAAUUGGUGGGGCUGUGAGGUUGCCCCCGGCGACGGGCGUGAAGCUGAAAGCUGUAGUGCAUUCUGUGGCUGUAACUCGGGACGCUAUACUUGAGGAGAUCGUCCAACAUAACCGGAGCAUGCUGAGACGAGUGCCGUCAGCAGCAAGCACCACGCCAUCGAAGCCACAAAGUGAGCGGGAUAGCCUGCUAGAGCAGAUCCGCACGCAGGCGUACAGCUUGCGGCAGACACCCGUUCGAGAGAGACCGCCUGUGAAGCAGGAGAUUGACAUAAACGUGGCAGCGAUCUUUGAGAAGGCAAAUGCCAUCAGACAAGCUUUGGCAGGCAGUGAUGAUGACGAGAGUGAAUCUGAUACUGUCAGCUGGAAUGACUGAGGCCAGGGCCACCAGAUCUGCUGCAAUUCUUCAAAACAAGGGAUGGGACAGAGGAGCAGAAUGCCCAACUAGCAGGAGAAGUCAAGGUGAACACAAAGUGAGCGAGGUAGCCUGCUCGAGCAGAUGGGCACGGGGGCAUACAGCGCGCAGCAAACAUCCAUUCGACAGAGACAGCCUCUCUAAAGCAGGAGGAGAUUUUUGGACAUAAACGUGGCAGCAGCUAUCUUGUAUUGGAGAAAAGGCAAUUGCCAUCAGACAGGCAUUGGCAGGGAGUGACGAACACCGAGAUGAAGGUGACACUGGGAGUUGGGAUGACGCCCAGAUCUCCUGCAAUCUUUGAAACGAUGAUGGGGCAGAAGAGCCGGACACCGAACUACCGGUAGCAGAAGACAAGGCGACCAACAGCGUGUGCGCGUCUUCAUGCUCGCGCCGGGCUGUCUGCAGUCUCAAAGGCCCAGCUCCUAUAGCCUGCAAGGUUCAGCAUGCCACUGUCGUCAGUUGGGAUGACGACUGAGUCCAGAUCUGCUGCAGUCUUUGAAACAAGGAUGAUGGGACAGAGGUGCGGGACACCAAACUACGGUAGCAGAAGACAAGGUGACCAACAGCGUGUGCAUGUCUUCAUGCUCGCGCCGGGCUGUCUGCAGCAGUCUCAAAGGCGUAGCUGCUAGAGCCUGCAAGGGUCAGCAUGCCACUGUCGUCAGUUGGGAUGACGACUGGGUCCAGAUCUCCUGCAAUCUUUGAACCAAUGAUGGGACAGAGGUGCGGGACACCAAAAACUACGGUAGCAGAAGACAAGGUGACCAACAGCGUGUGCGCGUCUUCAUGCUCGCGCCGGACUGUCUUGCAGUCUCCAAGGCCCAGCUCCUAGAGCCUCCAAGGUUCAGCACCUUCAAGAUUUAUAACCUUUUGCCUGCUGGGCUCAGCUCAUUUUCCAUUUCGCUUCUUGCACCCUGCUAAGCUCGUGAAGACCAGUGGCAAGCAUGCGAGCAUCUCAUUUCACGAAGACCAGUGUUUUUUUGAAGUCCUCUGCCCUGUUCUCUCUCUUAGCUAGUGGAAGUCUGACUGUGUUGUGUGUGUUUUGGAUAGGAUGGUGGAGCUACACGGCAUGGAAGUCCACGACAGGAUUUUGAGUGGUGAUCAACUACACACGGCAGGGAAGUCCAACAGGAUUUUGAGUGGUUUGAGUGGCAAGCAACUACACGACAUUCGUUUGGGGUGCAUCUACACGGCAGGUAAGCAUGCGUGCAUCUCGUUUGGGGUGAGGUCCUCUGCCCUGUUCUCUCUUAGCUAGCGGAGGUCUGACUGUGUCCUGUGUGUUUUGGGUUUUGGAUAGGAGUGUGAACCUGCGCGGCGUGAAAGUCGAACGGGAUCUUAACGUCCAGACUUUGUGCUCCAGUGUAGGAAUUCUUGCAGGAGUGGAGAAGUCAUCCCACAGA